GUCUGCACGCAGGCAGUGACUACCUCAUACAUGGGCGGAGGACUGGGAGGCCACCGCCACGGUCAACAAAUCACCGCUCGCCUGCUGAUCGCGACUCCGAUUUCUGCAUGAUCGCCCACAGCUCCAUCAGUCCUCUGUCAUUCCACCCAUUCUCCCGCUCCAAAAUCCCACCGUCCCAUCUCACAGCCCCUACAUCGAUACUCCACGAUGACCAGCUCUUCCUCAUCGUCCGUCGAUAACUUAGUACCAGGCUUCGCCGACCUCUUACUCAGUCCCCUGGAGAAAUUCUUCGCCAGCUUUCCAAACUUUACCUACAAACCCACUGCCAACGCUGCCACCGAGUCCAAGCGCCUGUGCAAGAGGCAUAAAAAUGCCUCCCAUGAUGCUUUCAACGAAGCCUUCGAGGCCGAAUUCAAUGCCCGUUUCGGCGGCGGCGGCGGUGGCGAAGUCUGGGAUCCGACUCGGCUGUGUGAACGCCUUGACAUUGACCCCAUGCCAGCGAGUAUAACGCAGGCAAGGAAGGCGGUGAAAGAUAUCCAUGUCAACAUCUAUGACCUCGAGCAUUACGAUAGACUCCAUGAAAUUGGUCACGCCGACAGGGCGGCCCUAAGGAGGUUUGCGACUGUUAAAGAGCUGGCGAAAUAUUCGAAGAAAGGGAAGAUUUAUCCGAGGGAUAAGGCGAAGGCUAAGGGUGCGUUGAGGUUUAUGUUAAGGGGCUGUUUCGUGCCCACCGGGCUGAGAUAUGAGGUCAGUAUCGAGUCAGGAAUGUAUGAGAUUACUACCGCGCCUGGAUUGGAUGUUUUUAUUACGGGGGGGUCUGCGUCUAUCGGUACCUAGUUAUCGUCAGCUAUGAUGGUGAGAAUUAUAAUUCCAG